AUGGCAUUGAUGAGACUUGGUCUGAGGAUACCUGCUCGACUUGGUUCCAAUCUUCCUGUAGCCCAGCUCGGUAUUCGGGCAGCUAAGCAUCGUUUCUAUGCAACAGCACCUAGGAACGAUGGUGGUGAGCUUCCCAGCAUCAAGAAGCUGUUGAUGAUUGGGCUUGCUGGUACAGCGGUAUUUGUGUUGGCGGUGAACUCAUUGGAUAAGCAGCAGCCCAAGAACUCAUACUCAGAGUCCGAGUUUGAGAGCUUACAAAGACUCAAGAGGAAAGUGGCACUGUUCCCAGGCAACCAAUUGAAGGUGUAUGGUGUUCUAGGCACCGAAAAGUAUAAUAAAAUAGUCUCGGGUGGUAAGAUUGUGGAUCCACGCAAGAUUAUCGAGAAACACCGUACCACUGCGGGUGACCGUUACGAAGCCUUAUUGAACAUCCUAUAUGACAAGUAUGGCGCUGUUGAGUACUUUGACAUGCUACCACAGGGCCUUAUGGUUAAGUUAGUCUCCCUGUACAUGAAGGAUAACUGUUCUGAGGGCGAUACCGUUGUUAUCCUAGACUUUCCAAAGUCUAUCAAGGAUGCAUCGCAAUUUGAAACCGAAGUGGCAGGCAUCUCUAAAUUUAUAGUGUCACAGAAGCUAAAGGACACUGAUAUUUGUAAGUAUUAUGAUGCCGUUGGUAAACUUGAAUCAGUAUAA